AAGGAAAAAGCCCCAAAACAUCUAAAAAAAACAUCUGAAAAAAAACUGAAAGGGUGAAAGAAUCCAUGCCUUGAAUACAAGUCGCGGACCACUGGAAAAACGGCUGAGAAAAAUUUGGAAAGUUCUGGAACUUACUUGGAUUUGACUCUCGGAGCCCGGUCGAGCCAAAAUUGCGAAGCAGCCGGAGCAGAACGGUCGGACGCCUCCCGAUAUGAGGCCCGACGAGGAAGAUGGCACCACAAAAAGCCCCGGAUCGCGAUGGACGAGGAUAUGGGCCAUCAUCGCACUGAUAUUGCUCAUUUUAUUCCUGUUAGUCUUAGGCGCCGCUAUUUAUUUCUACAUCAACUAUAAGGACAGCUCAGACGUUUGUCUUUCGCCGGGAUGCAUCAAAACUGCAUCCGUGAUAUUAUCAUCCAUGAACUCUUCCGUCGACCCCUGCGAUGAUUUCUACGAAUUCGCUUGUGGUCAAUGGAUCAAAGGACACCCGAUACCAGACGACGCGCCGAGUGUCUCAAAUUUUGAGAACCUCGGCCAGGACCUCGAGUUUGCGCUGAAAGAACUUCUCGACGAGAACGACGAGCCGUAUGACUACGAGACAUCUGCCGUCGGGAAGGCCAAAUAUUUUUAUAAUUUGUGUCUGAACGAGUCGGAAAUUCUGGACAACUGGCGGACGACGUUCGACGAGGUGGUGAAAAGUUUCGGCGGAUGGCCGAGUCUCGGGCAUCAGAUGAAGCCCGAUGCGAGUAUUGAGAUGUUGUACGCCGACAUGGUGGCCAAAUUCAAAGCAGAUAGCCUAUUUAAAGCGACUGUUCAACCGGACGACAAAAAUUCUCAGCGCCACGUCCUCCUGAUUGAUCAGCCACAGCUUAACCUAUUCGCCCGGGAUUUCUACGUGGCAGCCGAGAACGAGGAGCGCAUGGCGUACUUGCAGUUGAUACGAGACGUCCUCAUUCUUCUGGAUGCCGACCGCACCAGAGCCACACUGGACGCCAAGGAAAUUAUCGAUUUUGAGACUGCGCUGGCCAAUAUAACUAUGGCAGACGAGCAUCGGCACGAUAUUGCGGAGCUCUACACCAAAAUCACGUUGGGAGAGAUGAGAAGGUCGUUGCCGCAUUUCAAUUGGCCUCUGUUCUUCAAUAGAAUGUUCAAGGACUUGCAUGAGAAGAAUGGCAAACGAAUUACCUUCGAUGACAACACGGAAGUCGUAGUCUACGGCUAUGAAUUCCUCCGCCGGCUGGAUGUUCUCAUUCCACAAUAUGAUAACAGAUUGAUUGUGAACUAUCUGGAAUGGUGUUGGUUCUUUAAAACUAUGCUCAGAGACCUCCCCGAUCCAUUUGCACUGACCAUUUUCAAGUUUUACAAGACUUUGAAUAUCAUGAAUGUACAAAAAGUGCGAUGGCACGGAUGUGUGACACGGAUCAAUAGCCUAAUGCCAAUGGCCACGUCAGCGAUUUAUGUGAAAAAUCAUUUUGAUCAUGAAGCCAAGCAACAGGUGGAAGAGAUGAUUUCACUGAUUAUGGAGUCUUUCGUGGACUUGUUGCUCAGCGAAGAUUGGCUCACUAAGGAGACAAAACAGACGGCAAAACAGAAGGUAAACGAGAUGAAGCGGAAAAUUGGCUAUCCAGAUUAUUUGAACGACCCGGCAGCGGUGAACAAUGAGUAUAAGACUUUUAAGGUCUACCCGGGACACUAUUAUCAAACAAAAUUCAGUUUUUACGAGCAAUACCAACGAGAUGUUCUGGAGAGGAUUACAGAAGCUGUUGACAGGGAGAGAUGGGUCGCUGGAGCCGCAUUGGUCAAUGCUUUUUACAGCCCGAAUACAAAUGAAAUUAUUUUCCCCGCCGGAAUCUUGCAACCAGUGUUCUACAGCAAAGACUUCCCGUCUUCGAUGAACUUCGGAGGCAUCGGAGUAGUUAUCGGACACGAAAUCACACAUGGUUUUGAUGAUAGAGGACGCCUGUACGAUAACCUUGGAAAUAUUCGCCAAUGGUGGGACAACGCCACAAUUUCAAAGUUUGAGCAUAAGGCGCAGUGCAUUGAAAAGCAGUACUCCAGCUAUGUGCUCGACCAGAUAAAUAUGCAAAUUAAUGGAAAAUCCACAAAAGGAGAAAAUAUCGCUGAUAAUGGAGGUCUAAAGCAGGCUUAUAGAGCCUACAAAAAAUACGAAAAACGGCAUUCGCGCCCACCACGGCUACCCGGAGUGAACCUCACACACGAUCAGCUCUUCUUCCUGAACUACGCACAAAUCUGGUGUGGAACCAUGAACGACAAGGAGGCGAUCCGCAAGCUGAGAACUUCCGAGCACUCUCCGGGACCUAUUCGAGUCAAAGGCCCACUCUCCAACAGUUACGAUUUCGCGAAAGCCUACAAUUGUGAGCCGGGAAGCCAAAUGAAUCCGCGUGAAAAGUGUCGUGUCUGGUAGCGAUUCCCAUCAAUUUUUUUUUCUGAAAUUUUUCAAUUAUUAUUACCUUCUCUCUCUCUCUCUCUAUUUCUUCAUAUAAUUUCCCAUCUCCUCUCAACAAAAAAAAAAUUGUGUGAAGCUCCACAGGCUCCGCCCCCAUCUCCAAAAACGAGCGGUAACAUGGAGGGCGUGGCCAGGCGGAAUGUCAUUCUUUGCGCGCUUCAACCUUCUAAGCCGCGUGCACAACUUUUCCUGUGUGCCUGUGUGCUGCUCCACUAGAAUAAUGGCAUCCUCCACCUCCACAACACUAUUCUUCCUUCUGCUCGUUGCCACGUCAUCAAUGAUGAUGGGACACGUCUCCGCGGGCCGAAUUAUACCACAGGUGAGAAUCUACAAAAAAUUGAGCUUAAAUUCCCUAAAAUUGAGUUUUGAGCCGUGGGCUUGGGGUCUUAGGCUUAGGCUUAGGCUUAGGGCAACAGGUUUAGGUCCUUAGGCUUUGGGCCGUAGGCUUAGGGUCUCAGGGUUAGGGCCAGGCUUAAGACCUUAGAAUUAGGGUCUUAGGUUCAAGGUCUUAAGCUUAGGGUCUUAGGUUCAGGGUCUUAAGUUUAGGCUUAGGACUUUAGACUUAGGGCUUUAGGCUUAAGGCAUUAGGCUUAGGCUUAGGCUUAGGCUUAGGCUUAGGCUUAGGCUUAGGCUUAGGCUUAGGCUUAGGCUUAGGCUUAGGCUUAGGCUUAGGCUUAAAGCCUCAGGCUUCAGGUUACAAUGUGACUGCAAAAGUCUGGAGUUUCACACAAUUUUCCGCUGAAAGUUCUAAUAUCCCAAAAUUCCCAAAAUAAACUUACUCCCAAAAUAUCCUUGUUCUUCCCACACACUUCCAUGGUCUCAUCUUGAACUUUUUUUUCGCCAAAUUUUUUUUGCCAUUUUUAUCCCAUACCCAGCUUAACCUCCCAUCUAUUCUCUCAUUUUCUUGCCUAAAUAUAUUUUUUGCCCCAUUCCCCCAUAUUUUUUCUUACCCAAAUCCCUGUCAAAAGCCGAAAGCUGUGCACACACAAACUAAUAAAGACGUUGAAAAAAUUGAAAA